AUGAGGCAAUCCCCCCCACUGACUCGAUAUAGGGAUGUAUGUCGCAAGCACUUCCUGGCCUGCCCUCUGAAGAACGGCGAUGAGCAGCUGCCUCAACUCCGCCGCGGCCAAAAGAGGCGCGCCUGUGAUGCCUGCUUUCGGGGUCGAUUGGGCUGUGACGGCAAGUCACCUUGCGGUCGCUGUUCCUCACGUCAACAUGCCUGCACAUAUCUCAGGCUAGAACAGGUCUCUCCCUCUCACACCAGCCUUGAUGAUACACAUAAUGAGACUCCGGAAAAUAAGCUGGACGAAACCCUACCGGUCACAGAUGCCUCGGUUACAGGCUCCCCUCCCUCAGCUGAGGAUGCCGAUCUGAUUCCCUGGUUCCUACUCACCGUCACCAGCCCAGGCGCAAGAAGUCUUGUUGAUCUCUUUUUCUCGAACCAAGACCGCCGUGAGAAGAACUCUGUAGAUAUCAAUAUUCGUGGAACCACAACAGAAUCCCCAACGCCUUUCCAGGAUCCCCUUCUCGGCAUGCUGAGACAAAAGGAAAGCCUCGCUGACGACAGCUGGGCACCCUUCUUCGAUACCCUUCCCGACGUCAACAAUGACUCUAAAAAGCUCACGGGGUGUUUUAAUAUCAUCAUCGACAAUCUCGGAAAUCUUCACACGGCGCUCUCAUCGUGCACUGAUGGGCCUCAGUACUACUUCCAACUGGACCAGGCCAAGCAAGUGUUUGUUCCCGAGAACGUAUCCUUCAUUCACCAGUUCUUCCGCUUCUCGCACCCAGAGGUCCCGAUUGUUCAUCGUCCAUCUUUCAACCCACACGAGGUCCAUCCUGUGCUCCUCAUGGCCGUAUUUCUCUGCGGGUCGAUGCAUGCCGCGCCGAGCGAUGUAGCUCUAUCCACGCCACUUCUCUUCGAUUUAGCUGAAGAGUACGCUUUCAACACUCUACGCGGUCUUGUAGAUAAGUACGUAAACUACGGCAUCAUGGAGACCGACUCGAUGGUCGAACUCGCUCGUUUGAGUCAGGUUCUCCAGGGCGCUCUGCUGAUGCAUGGCUUACAAUUUAUAAUGAACGAGCCUCAGAGGCGAGAGAGAAAUAGGGACCGUAGACUUCCUGUGCUUGUUUCUACCAUCCGCAAGCUAGGUUUCUCGAAUGCAAGGCAUAGCCGUGUCCCAGAAGGAGAACCGGUGGACUGGGACGAGUUCAUCCUCAAAGAAACUCAAAUCAGGCUAGGUAUUUGGGUCUUCUUGUCUGCUGCGCAGCAGUCAAUCUUAUUCAACAUGCCGCCUUCCAUGAGUAUCUCCGAGAUAACAGGAGACUUUCAAUGCUUCGAAGAUGUCUGGGAGGCUAAGACGGCCGGCCAUUUCCAAUCGCUGAUUGAUCAAGGUCGAGGUAAACGCACCGCGUCGCUCUGGCAGUGUCACCAGUCCUUGGUAGACCCAACCUGGACAUCCCCAGAUAAUUUCCCGCUACGAUCACUAACAACGCCGGAUAUGAUUGUUUUAGUCCUAGCCUUCAGCACAACCGUGACAUCGGCAAGGUUGUCGGGGACGCUCCCACUAUGUGCCUCAGCAUUGGAACAAGCGCUUGACCGAUGCCAUCAGCUGUGGGGUGGGAUCGUGGGUGGGAAAGAUCCGGCGACACUAAGCGAGAAUCUUUACUCGCGACACUUUGUCGAGGCAAAAUGGUUCCUGCGCAAAGUCAUAAAGACAUCUAUCACUGGCAAUGAUCCAUCCGGUUAUCUUGGCGAGGUAGGGCACAUGUCUACUACGGAGUUACAUGAGUUUCUCAAACUUUCAUUGAGGUGA